AUCACAGAGGUGCACGUCAGAUUUGCACAAGCAAGGUCGCGUCCCCAGCGGCAGUGUUGACAUUUAUUUUGGACAAAGAUGAUGUCCAUGGCCGCUCGUUCCGGGGCUUUGUCCCCGUACCUGCAGGCGACAAAACACGGAGUGAAGAGCCUGUUGUCUGGAGCUCAGGAGCUGCUGCCUGCUGCUGCUCCUGCGGGGAUCCGUCUUGCCCACACAGAUAUCAAGAUCCCUGACUUCACGGACUACCGUCGCCCCGAGGUCACCGACCCCAACAAGUCCUCCCAGGGAAGCAGUGAGGGAAGAAGGGUGUUCUCUUACCUUGUCACCGGAGCGUCCACUGUGGUGGGUGUGUACACAGCCAAGACGGUGGUCACCCAGUUCGUCUCCUCCAUGAGCGCAUCAGCAGACGUCCUGGCCUUAUCCAAGAUCGAGAUCAAGCUCAGCGACAUCCCCGAAGGCAAAAACAUGACCUUCAAGUGGAGAGGAAAGCCCCUGUUCGUCCGUCACCGCACAGAGAAGGAGAUCGCCACAGAGGAGGGUGUGAAUCUCGGGGAGCUGCGUGACCCCCAGCACGACAAGGAACGAGUGAUCAACCCCAAGUGGAUCAUCGUCCUCGGUGUGUGCACCCAUCUGGGCUGCGUGCCCAUCGCCAACGCCGGAGAAUGGGGAGGUUACUACUGUCCGUGCCAUGGCUCCCACUACGAUGCUUCAGGAAGAAUAAGAAAGGGACCCGCUCCUCUCAACCUGGAGGUUCCCUUCUAUGAAUUCCCUGAUGACGACACAGUCAUUGUGGGAUAAAUACUGGAGCUCUGUCUCUGUUCCUCUCUGUAAAAUAUAUAUUUUAGGUGGCUCUGUGUAAGAUGAGGGUGGCAUAAAGUGUUCGUAUUUACUAAUAAAGACAUAUUUCCAACUCAA